AUGAAGUUCACUACACUCGCUACUAUAGCAUCUACUUUGUUAUUUGCUGCUAAUGCUAAUGCUGACACAUGUAACCCAUUAAAGUCAAGUGAUUGUUCUCCAGUUCCUGCUUUGGGAUCAUCAUUUUUAGAAAAAUUUGACAAUGGCUUGGGUCCUCAUUUCGAAAGUUUAAAGAAGCAAGGUACUAUUGACUCUGGUUCUAAUGGUUUAUCUUUGACUAUGAAAAAGAGAUUUGAUAAUCCUUCCUUCAAAUCCAAUUUCUACAUCAUGUUUGGUCGUGUUGAAGUUGUUUUAAAGGGGGCAGAAGGUAAAGGUAUAGUGUCGUCCUUUUACUUGCAAUCAGAUGAUUUGGAUGAAAUAGAUAUUGAAAUGUUUGGUGGUGAUCCAUACCAAUGGCAAUCCAAUUAUUUCAUUAAAGGUAAUACUGCUACUUAUGAUCGUGGUGGAUAUCAUGAUAUCGCCAACCCAUUGAAAGAUUACCAUACUUAUGUUAUUGAUUGGACCAAAGAUGCAGUUACUUGGUCCGUUGACGGUAGUGUUAUCAGAACCAUUCCAAAGGAUAAUGCACAAGGUUUCCCACAAUCACCAAUGGCCAUUUAUGCUGGUAUUUGGGCUGGUGGUGAUCCAUCUAAUCAACCAGGUACCAUUGACUGGGCUGGUGGUAUCACUGAUUACUCUCAAGCUCCAUUCACUAUGGGUAUUAAGUCUGUUUUGGUUGCUGAUUAUUCUUCAGGCAAACAAUACAGUUAUUCUGAUCAAUCUGGUUCUUGGGAAUCCAUCAAAGCCGAUGGUGGUAAAGUUAAUGGAAGAUACGACCAAGCACAAGAUGAUAUCAAGAAAUUGGAAAGUGGACAAUCUGUUGACUCCAAUGAUAGUUCAUCCAGUCCAUCCGCCUCUUCUUCAGAUUCAUCAAGCACAUCUUCCGCAUCAUCCAGUUCUUCAUCCAGCUCACCUUCAUCUACCACUUCAUCAUCAUCAUCAUCAUCUUCCUCCUCCUCUUCAAGCUCUUCUUCAUCCAGCGAAAAAUCCAAUGCAGUUCCAAGUGCUUCUGUGAUUGUCUUCAUUGGCACUAAAGGAGGUGAUAAGACUACCGUUACCAGUUCUUCGGGAGUUUCUGUUCCUACAUCUGCAUCUGUUUCCACUGCAGCUGGUACUACUAGUGGGUCUGCAAACUCUGCUCCAGCUUCAGCUGCUUCAAGUACUGCCUCCACUGUGUUUAUCUCAACUGGUGAUGCCGCUCCAUCUUCCUCUGCUUCAGAAAAACCUUCUGUUCUGACUACUGAAAAUAACGGAGCCGUUAGUGUCGCUAAAACUACCUCCCUUUUUGGCUUUGUUGCAUUGAUUGGUUUCUUAUUUGUUUAA